AUGUCCAGAAGCGAGGAACAAGAGACGUUUUUGGAUGGGAACUCUUCUCGUGAUAGGAAGGGGUCUGAUGUCGAUGCCUUCGAGCUUUCAAGCUUCGAUCGUGAAGUGAAACUUAAGACAUAUGAGCAGUCUGAGGACUUGAAUUUGGACGACGACAACUUCACCGAUACUCUCCUGCAUGAGGAUAGAUCCAAGUCGAGCAUUUUCAUGGCAUUCAUGAACAUGGCCAACAGCAUCUUGGGUGCUGGUGUUAUCGGGCAGCCUUUCGCUGUGAAGAACUGUGGUCUUAUGGGUGGGGUUUUAGCAAUUGUUCUUCUCUCUGUUCUCGUUGAUUGGACGAUCCGUCUUAUUGUUGUGAACAUGAAAAUAUCUGGCAAGACCAGCUAUCAGGACACCGUUGAAUUCGCUAUGGGAAAGAAAGGCAAAUUACUUAUUCUUCUAACCAAUGGGUUAUUUGCCUUUGGUGGCUGCAUAGGCUUUUGUAUUAUCAUCGGUGAUACAUUACCACAUGUUUUAAGGGCUUUCUUUCCGGCUCAUGGCAGCCUCUUUCAUCGAAAUGUCAUAAUUUUAUUUGUUACGUGCUUCGUGUCGUUUCCGCUAUCACUUAAUAGAGACAUUUCGAAACUGUCGAAAACUUCAAUGCUGGCAUUGGUGAGUAUGGUUGUCAUUGUUGUCAUUGUGUUAAUAAAAGGUCUGCUCAUUGAUGCUGCAUAUAAGGGGAACCUCGAUACCGGCAGUUUGUUUUUCACUUCUAGAAUUUUUCAAGGUAUAUCAGUGAUCUCCUUCGCCCUCGUAUGCCACCAUAAUACGACUUUCAUUUACUUGUCUCUGAAAAACCCAAGCCUGAAGAGAUUUGGUAGGCUGACCCACUUCAGUUGUUUUAUCGCUAUGGUGUUUUGUUUUGUAAUGGGCUACACCGGCUUUUUGGUUUUCAAAAACAAAACUAAAGGAAAUAUUCUGAACAAUUUUCCAGGCAACGACCACGUUAUUAACGUAGCAAGAUUUUGCUUCGGUUUCAACAUGUUAACUACAUUUCCCCUGGAAAUAUUUGUUCUGAGGGAUGUUAUCAGGGAUUUGAUAUAUUUUAACACCCCCACAAGCAAUGACCAGCCCAUCGCAUUAAGUUUGAAGCUGCAUUUUAUCAUCACGAGUAUAACGGUGUUUUCAACUAUGGUAAUUUCUUUCACCACAUGUAAUUUAGGUGCCCUGUUUGAACUGAUUGGGGCAACUACAGCAUCUUUGAUGGCCUACAUUCUUCCUCCUAGUGUUAACUUGAUACUCACAGGUGCCAAGAAAACCAGGCGGCAAAAAAUCCCUCAUUACGCAUGUAUUUUCUUUGGUUUCGCAAUUAUGACUGUUAGCAGUACCCAGACUAUUGUUGGUUCGAUAAAAAAUGUUGAUCAGAAGCAUUGUGAAGUAUAG